UUAUGACGCACUAGUCAAAGCAGAGCGCAAAUGCUAUUCAAGAAAUCAGAGGAAAACGACGCAUUGGAUUUGAGCAUGACUAUGCCCAGGUCCGACUGAAGGGCAAUGGAGUCUGGUUGUAAGGCCUCGUCUGAAGAGCAAAUCAGAUCCGCGAAAAGGAUUUUAAAAGCGGUGAAAUCCAUUUACCCAGAAGAAGAUGCGAACGAAGAACCCAUCGAGCCUCCAGACUCCAGUGCCAGCCAUGCCACCUUGUUGGAGAGGGCUGAGAGGUUGUUGAGACCCAGGGCGGAGUCAGGCGACCCACAAGCCCAAUUCCUCCUGGGGCUUGUUCACUUUGAAAAGCAUCACUAUGUAGAAGCACUUGAAGCAUUCAACUCCAUCAAGGAUCAAGACCCACGAGCCCUCUACCAGCUUGGAGUGAUGCAUUUCGAUGGCCUGGGGAUCCCUGCAGAUUGGGCAUUGGCUGUAGAAUACAUGAGGAGAGUCGCCCAGUCCAACAGCCCUCAAGCAGGCCACAUCAAAUAUGCCGCACUCUACAACAUAGGCCAGGCUCACCUGGAAGGGUAUGGAGUCCCUGUCUCCAGCACCGAGGCAGAGAGAUACUGGUUGGAAGCGGCGGCGGAUGGAAACCCCGACGCCAGCGUGAAGGCCCAGAGUGCCCUUGGGAUGUUCUACUCCCGGCCUGAGUCGCUGGACCUCAGGAAGGCAUUUUUCUGGCACUCGGAGGCCUGUGGGAAUGGCAGCCUGGAGUCCCAGGGCGCUCUGGGUAUCAUGUACCUGCACGGCCAAGGCAUCCGCAAGGACAUGGAGUCUGCGCUGUACUGCCUGCGCAAGGCAGCAGAGCGCGGCAACGUGUACGCACAAGGCCACUUGGUGGCGUACUACUACCACAAGAAGAUCUACUCCAAAGCAGUGGUGCUUGCUAAGAGAAUCUCAGAGUACCAGGACACCUGUGCCAUCGCCAGGGAGACGGAUUGUGUGCCAGAGUUUGUCGCUAAGGGCAUCACCAUGGCACUCUUCUACUAUGGACGCUGUCUGCAGCUGGGCCAUGGAGCCCCACAGGAUAAGGCUCAGGCUGAGCUCUGUUUUUCCAAGGCGGUGAAGCUGGACGGUGAAGUUUGCAAGGAACUGCAGAUGGGCAUCACCCUGGGGGAACUAUGACCACCAUGACAUGACUGAAUGACACCACCUCAUCCAUCAACCAUCGCCAUUAUCUCUCCUUAGUCCAUCCCCAUGAUUCUUGCAUAAUUCUUGCAGAAAUUAGAGAGUACCCAUUUCAAAUUGGAAA